AAAACAAACUGCAGACGCACACAGAUACUUCCUCGCCUCGUAGGAGUUGACUAGUUUUCCCCCCGCGCGGCUCACCGUCAUCCGGCCGUGCCUACUUUCAGACUCCGCUUGGCAGUGGGUUUGAGCGCCUGGGCAGAUAUUUGCGCUGCUCUCCAUCUCCUACUUUGUUCCCUGCUCUGAUUUCAAAUGGGGGGAGCGGACUGCAGCACAGAGAGCCGAGAACCGACAGCAGCGCUUUGAACAGGCGAGUCCUCAUGCAUUAGUGGGAGACUGCACUUUGAAAGCAAAAAGAAGAAGAAGAACAAGCAGCAGCAGCAGCCGCAACGCACUUUGGGCAAACAUGAGCGGAGGAGAAGUCAUCUUUCAGGGCUGGCUGAGGAAAUCACCCCCGGAGAAAAAGCUGAGGAGAUAUGCAUGGAAGAAACGUUGGUUUAUACUUCGGAGUGGCCGAAUGAGCGGUGACCCUGAUGUUCUCGAGUACUACAAGAACGACCACUCAAAGAAGCCCAUCCGGGUCAUCGACCUGCACUGCUGCGAGCAGGUGGACGCUGGCCUGACCUUCAAGAGGAAGGAGUUCCAGGACAGCUUUGUUUUCGACAUCAAGACGUCCGAUCGCACUUUUUAUCUUGUCGCCGAGACGGAGGACGAGAUGAACAAGUGGGUCCGCUCCAUCUGUCAGCUGUGUGGUUUUAACCAGUCGGACGACACUCAUGAGAGCAGAUUACACCAUAUGCCUAGAUCUGUUGGAGCAGAUGUCACUGGCUCGAUGGCUCCUGUGAGCGGAGAACGGAAGUCAUCGGCGCCUGUCCACUCCAGCCAGCCGGUGCUCUUCACCUUCGACGUGCCCGUGCGCCACUCACACCACGGCUCCCUGUCCAACAGCGCUCCUCAGGACUACCUCCUCCUCCACCAGUGCAUGAGCAGGAAGACAGAGAGUGCACGGAGUGCCAGUUUCUCUCAAUCCACACGAAGCAAUACAUUUCUGGGGAGCGACUCUCCGGUGCAGAAAUUUUCUUACGGCUUCUCAAACUGUCUAAACGGCACAGGAGCUCAGCUGCAUGGCUUCUACAGCCUACCCAAGCCAGGAAAGCAUCAGCUGUCUGUGCACGAUGAUUCGUCACAGGAGGCCUGCUACGUUCUUCCGCGGGGUUACAGUUCUGAGGCGCCACCUCACAGCAGCCUCGGCGACCCUGACUUUGAGAACGAGGAAGUGUAUACCUUCAAAACUCCCUGCAACACCCUCGCCACCAUGCACAGCAACGAGCGCUCGCCAGACAAUUAUGACUUUCCCACCACACCCGGCUCCUUUUAUCAGAUCCCACGGACAUUUGACAAGAACCACAACUCCCUGACGCCAUCCAGCUCUGAAUCCUCCUGCGCUCCUCCGCCUAGGCCCCCUAAACCUCACCAGGGGUCUGAGGGGAACUGGGGGAGUCCCCAGUCGGCUGGGAGUCAGAAUGGGGAGAUGACAUCUGCAGUGUCUGCCCUUCCACGCAGGAACACUCUCCCUGCUGUGGAGAAUAUCAGGCUCCACAGAGGCUCUUCCUUUGAAAUCAACAACCACCAUCGUUUGUUUCACUUCAACAACUCAGGCCAGUCUGUGGAGUCUGUUAAUGACGGGUUUAGCUCAUACCUGAGGAGCCAGACCCCUUUGACGCGCUCGGACAGCGGUAACUCAGAUGACAACUACGUUCCCAUGAAUCCAGGCUCCUCGCCACUCAGCGCCGCCCAGGCUGACAGUCCUAAGAAUGUCUACAUUCCCAUGAGUCCUGGGCCUCAUCACUUCGAUUUCCCAGGGUUCUCUGCAACGUUACCUGCCCGAAAGGCGAGCAGUGCGUCCUUGUGUCACAGGCCCGGUCGUCUGAGUGACGUUACACCACCUCCCAUCAACCGUAACCUUAAACCAAACAGGAAACCAAAGCCAAUGCCACUUGAUUUAAAGAACAAUGGGAUCAUAGAUGAGCUGCCGUAUAAGAGCCCCGUCACCAUGUCCUGGACGCGUCCCAUGCAUGAGAUGAACGCCUCCCACCACUGUCGACCAAUCUCCACGCAGAGCAUCACCAGCACCGACUCUGGAGACAGCGAGGAGAAUUAUGUGGCUAUGCAGAAUCCAGCAUCUACCUCCCCAGCCAUGAGUGGCACCAGCAGCCCAGCUCCUCGGAAGUCUGGGAACGUGGACUAUUUGGCCCUGGACUUCCAGCCUGGCUCACCCAGCCCACACAGAAAGCCCUCCACAUCUUCUGUGACGUCUGAUGAGAAGGUGGACUACGUCCAAGUGGACAAAGAAAAGACGCAGGCGCUUCAAAAUACGAUGCAGGAGUGGACUGAUGUACGGCAGUCAGCUGAGCCUGUCAAGGGCGUCAAAUCCUGACACUGACUCGUACAAAAAUUGAAGAACUGAAAUCCCUUGUUAAGUCUCCAGGAUUAUGCUCGGAUCACUACCAUAAAUAGCAGUUGGACUUGUGUAAGACUUAAAUUUCGGGGCAAAAAGCCAUAAUUAUCCUAUGCCUGUUCUCUCUGUGAUAAUUACUUCUGCAGUGCACUGCUAGCAUGCAGGAUAUCAGGACAUACAGGUAAAAGCAAGCUGCCAAAGCUUUAAAAAUAGACUGUUAGAGUGUAUAAAACUAUCAUAUUCAACCAUCUCUCCGGUUCGCUCAAAUAUAUUGUAUGAUUAAACCUGUCCUACCAGACCUCAGCAGAUAUUGGUUGCAUCCAGCUGAUAAUUUACUCUGAGCAGCAGCGCUAGCUAACUGGUCGAUAACUAUAUUAAUAUACUCUGACAGUACACAUACAGGUCUCAGGGAUGCCAAGAAGCUCUCCUAUUUGAACACACUUUCUCGUUUUCCCCCCCACUUCAAUCUGUCAUUUGUGCUGAGUCUUGCAGUAGCACUAAGGAGGAGAUUAUUUUCACUGCAGGCAAUCAUUUCAGCUUAGCAGUGCAUGUCUGGCAAGAGGAAAGGGGAGACAGAAAUAUAGCCAUCCAAAUAUGCAAAAGGCCUGUGUCAAGAUUACCUAAUGAUAACUGCACAUGACGGUUGCCUCAGUUUCAAUUAGGUGAGAAACCAAACCAGAUUUAGAAGCUGUCAGGCUCAGGAUGGCAGUCCAAUUAUUUCCGUGUUGCUAUCAAGUUAGUAGUGUUCAGAUAAACAGAACUAAUGAAAGGAAAAAAAAACUUGUAGGGUUUUGAAGGGCAUUUAUCAUUGUUGUUGCAGCUUUUUCAGUGAGUUAAGACAUGUAGCUUACUUUAGAUUUAUUCAUUUCCAUGACUGAAAUCAAGAAUUUGUACAACAGAACGGAAGAAAACAAAAUUAAACAAAAGCCAAAACUCAUCCAAGAAAGUGACAAUGUUCAAUAAGAGAUGCCACACAAAAACAGCAAGUUAUCCAGCUCAUAUUUGAAUUCAUAAAGCCAACAUUCAUAUAGAAACAUAUGCGAGACAUUUUGCCCUAGAGCAGUGUAGAGGAGAUCUAAAAAAAUAUGGGCUCUCUAUAGAAAGAUUUAAAUAACUGCAUUUCAAAAGUCAAAACUUAUGACACUGGAUUUAGAUUGAUAUUGCAAUUUCUGCUCCGGUUCUGAUUAACUUGUUACUCUGAUGUGCUCAACCAUGUGUUGGCACAUUUAAAAAAAUCUGUGUUACCAUCAUAUGGCUAUACAGUAGUUAUGCUAGUCUCGCUUUUCUCCACAUAAUCAGUCUGUGGAUUAGUCAUGAAGGUUCAACUGCACCAAAGUGAGGUAGUUAUUUGUUAAGAUAGUGAUAUAGAGUCAGACUGCAGCUAGUUAUUUCAGGUAAACACACAGGAGAUCGUUUGUAAAAUAUGGCUGUUGAUUUAGCCCAAUCUGUGGAAAUCAGAAGAUGCCUUGCACUGACAGAGAACACAUAAAAAGUAAAAACUACUGUAGAAACCACUAUAUUGCCUGAAGAACUUUAAGCUCACAAAUAACAGCUAUAGUUGCCUUGGUGGUCUGGCUGUUAACUACUUGCUCAAGCCUGUUUUUCGUGGCCAUGGCAUGAAUUAUGAUGUGUCCUUUUCCCUAAAGUUUGGGUUGUUCAAGCAAAAGCGCUCCCUUUGUCAUUUUUUUCUGGCUCGCCAUUAGGCAGCCAAACAUCCAUGUGUUGUUAAGAAAACAGUCUGCAUCAUAUGUACAAUUCUCUAUCAGUCACUCCUGAAACAUCAUCAUCCAUAUAUGUUACUCACUUCAUGUUUCCAAGUGGCUACAAAGACAAAAAAAAUGCCAUACUUCCAAUAUUUAGAGGUUUCAUGGCUAUAAAAUAUAUUUUCCCUUUAAAGUAUUUUCACAUGCAGCUCCAUGCAACUGUGCACUGACCAAGAAACCUUAGUAGGUGGGAGUAAAAAUAAAGCAAGAGGUGCUCCAUUACCCAAGUUAUAGAUGAACAGUAGUAUAUGUCAAGCAUUCACAGCAUUGGCAUCAAGCCUAACAUUUCCCACACUACAUCUCUGAACAUUAAUUAUAUGUAAAUUAUUAACAUAACGACAUAUUUAAGUUCAUAUUGUUGACUGUUUGAAAUUUGCUGCACUUGUCUGGUACAAAAAAGUGCACUACAUUAACACAGGAACUCAUCAGUAAUUAUAGUUGUAUAAAAUUGAGAAGUUAAUUUCAUAUGCAUCUGUGUUUCUCUAAUUUGCCUUAUAUUUUCAUUUUAUUUUAGAAUGUAGUUCCUGCUGUGGAGGAGUUUGAUUAUUGAUUAUUUUGUCCAAACCAGGACCACAUUGUAUUCAGAACAACUGGGUGAUCAGUUUCUAACUGAAGUGAAGUCCGGUAUUUCAUUGUGGGCUGGAACCACUUAUUAAGAAAAGCAUGGCCAUGCAGUGCUGGAUGGUGUUAUCAAUUAAUAUUUACUGCUUAUGUUUUUCUACACUUUUUACGUUUUUUCAGAAUCUUUUUAAUCAUUUUUAUUAUUAUUAUUGAUUCACAUAACCAAGUGUUAUAUACAAACGGAGGCUAAAUUUAGCAAACAUGUGUUGUAGAUUGUAUUUAAUUCAGCUUUGAAUUCCAAAAUAGGCUUUUCAAGAACCACUCAUAAAUUUGGGAUGGCUGAUAACAUUCCCAGAUGAACUGGGAUUUACAAAGAGGGGAGAAAAGAUUGAAGAAGAAGAGCUUGUCUACCUGUCAGUCUCUGAAGUGAAGUGGAGGUGUAAUUUAUUAUCUGGAGAUACUCGCUGCGAGCAGGGGAGCUGUGUACGUGUUGUGGUAGAUUGAGCUGAGUUAUGUUCAGUGACAGCCUGGCAGUUUGAGACUGAAAACAAUGCUCAGAUCUACUGUCAGACCGAUGACGUACUGUACUGAUAAUGAUCUUUUUUUUUUUUUUAAAGAAAACCACUGUUAUUGCUACUACUGUAAAGCAUUUGCAGACUGCUUGUGUGUUAACUUAUUAAUUUAUUGUGUGUUUUGCAGUUGAUAAUUGUGGAAAAAAACAAAGAAAAACAAGUGAGGAAGAAUUCUCUACUAACAUUAAUGUAUAUCUUCACAUUUUUUUCUAAAGAGUUUGAGAAGUUAUGCAAGUGUGAUUGCAAUGUGGUACAGUUAAUUUGGGAUACACAAGUGUACCUUGUCAUUCCAAUAUUAUGGUAGACUUAAACUGUGGAAGUAGAAUAAACCAAGGAGUUAAA